UAUUUGGGUGUGAUUACGUCAGUGGUAAGGCACCUAUGCUAGCAGGCUAGUACGGCAGGUACGGAUACCUACUACUAGCGAUACUAUUAGGUAGGUACCUACAAGUAUUCAUGGAUGCGUUGAGUACUAGUUUGGCGCUACUUCGCCUUCCUACCGGAGUGCCGGAAACAUCUAUGGAUACUUGAUUAACGCUGCGCUGCGUGGCUUAUACGAACGUUAUACUUACACGCUACCUAGGUACUAUGUUUCAAUAUUCUCUUCUUCCCAACCGCUUCUUCCUCUUCCUCCUCCUCCCCUUCUUCUCGUUCUUCUCAGAUUUACCUAGCUAGGGUAUACCUCGUGAAAUCCUCCAUAUUUCGUUCCUAAGGGUGCCUUAGGUAAUAAACCUGUUACUAGAUACCUUUCCUUACCUGGAUGCCCACCUCGAAAUCAUGUCCGUGCAGGGCCUCUUAGAAGCCUUGAGCUUCCCUUAUCACGAACCUCGGCAUGGCUUCUGGGGUGACAAAACGUCUACAUUGAAUUUCUGCGAAGAGGAUUAUGCCAUGAGCUAUUACUGUGCUGAAGUCUGCAACACUCUCACCAAUGCCCUUUUUAUAUGGCUAGGCUAUAAGGGCAUCCGUGGGUGUAUCAGAUAUUCACAUCCUUCCAUUUUCUUUGUGACCUUCGUUGGAUACAUCGUGGUCGGCCUAGGGUCUACCCUUUUCCACGCCUCUCUCAAGUAUCCGAUGCAGCUCGUCGACGAAUUAGCCAUGAUCUAUACGACUUGCUUCAUGUGCUUUGCUACGUUUUCAUACGCCAGGUCUACUCGCUUCUCAUCCUGCCUCGGUGUCGGCCUUGUUAGCCUUGCUUGGUUCAUUACCGCAAGAUAUUAUAAAACCAAGGAUCCCCAAUUCCAUCAGAAUGCUUACGCAGUUUUGACCGCCAUUGUGGUAUUUUCUAAUAUGUGGAUUAUGGAGCGAGUGCUCCGACCGGCUCUGAAGAGGAGGGAAGAGAGUAGACGAGAGACACGCGCUCCGAGAAGUCCGAGACUGCCGACGACCAAUGAGAUGGUGAAACAGAUGUGGGUCAUGGUUGCGACAGGUUUAAGCAUAUUCCUCGGUGGGUAUCUUAUCUGGAAUUUGGAUAACAUGUACUGCAGCAGAGUUCGCGAAUGGCGACAUCGUCUCCGGCUCCCUUGGGCUAUUGUACUUGAGGGACACGCUUGGUGGCACCUGAUGACCGGAAUAGGUGCAUACUACUACAUAAUUUGGCGCAUCUGGAUCCACCGCGUCCUAGAUGGCGAGGAGGAUAAAUUCUGCCUUCACUGGCCGUCAAUUUUUCGAAUGCCGGAUGUGGUUCUUAUAAAAGAUACGCUAGACAGAAAAAAACGAUAGACGAGAUGGUUGAGGAUACUUUCGCUUUCCAAGACUGCCAUGCGCAAAACAGCCUCAGGUGGGGCACCUAUUUUUAGAUAAUGAACAGCGUUCCUGUUGAAGUCGGUAUUUAGAUAAAGAUUAUUAUGCUGGAUAGGUCACGGAUAUCUAUAGACACUCUGUUACGUAAAUGGUUAAACGGUAUCUAUAUACUAUUAACCAUAUCAGGUACUACAGUAUAGUAGCAUCACCCCGCGUUAUGUAAGAACCCUAGCUUGCAG